AUGGUGUUGGUUGAUGAAAAGGGUGCAAAGAUUCAAUGUACUGUCAAGAAGGACUUGGUUCCUAUGUUUGAUGAACUGAUCAAGGAAGAUGCUGCUGUGAUUAUCAAGAGAUUUGGUGUUGGAAAAAACGAUGACCCCUUCCCUGUCGUCCAACAUAAGCUAAAGUGUAACUUUUACAAAACUACUGAAGUGCAACAUGGUGUGCCUUUUACAUACAGUGGCUAUGGUUUCUCAUUCUUGCCUUUCAAUGAGAUUACUGUGACUAAGGCUAGAGAUAAAGAUGUCCUCAACAUUGAUGUCAUUGGUUGUGUAAGUUGGUGUGGAAAUCUUGAGGUGUUCAAGUCUGCAACUCAAACAAGCAAGAGGUUCAACAUGGAGUUGAAAGAUUUGGAUGGUAGAACCCAGCGUUGCACUUUGUGGAAUGAUUAUGCAAUUCAGUUUAAUGCGUUUUUGGAGCAGAACAAAUCUGAAGAGCAUGUCAUUGCCAUCAUGCAACAUGCUCUCAUUAAUGAAUGGAAGGAAAACUUGACAGUUCAAACUGAUAAAUUUGGUACAAGAAUUUUUAUAAAUGAAGAUAUCCAAGAGGCUAAUGACUUUAGGAGGAGGUUGAUACUUAAGGAAGGAGUUAAUGAAGUUUCCCAUACAACUUUAGCUUCACAGACUGUUUACCCAAAUCGCUUAGAGUUUAUCCUAAAUACCGAUAAGAAACAGUUGGAUGAAGUGAGAGAUUCUGAAGAGACUAGAGACUUUGUGGUGGUGGCCACAAUCGCUAUGCUUGAGCAAGAGUUUGGAUGGUUUUUUAUUGGUUGCCGCAAAGAUGGUAAGAAAGUGAUUACCAAGAUGGAGUACUUGGAAGUUGUAGAUGAAAAUGAACUCACUGAUGAGCUGAUUAGUGCUCCAGCUGACAGUCUAUGGUGUCGAAAAGAAAAAGCAAUUGCAACAGAAGUUGUACCUAAGCAAUUGAACAACAAUGAUGAUGAGUCUUACCCUCAUGAACUUGAAGGCCUCUUAAAUGUGAAAGUGGCAUGUAAGAUCAAGAUUGACAAAUACAAUCUGAAACACAAGGGCAGUGCUUAUACUGUUAUCAAGAUGUGUGAUGAUCCUGAUAUCAUUGCUGAAUUAGAAGAACCAGCAGAACCAGAAAACAACAGUGACGUCCAGGGAGAGCCUUCAAUGCUUCAACUAGCAACUGUUAAACUUGGUGAGUCGCAAGGUGCACCGGAUUCAAAGGAUGCAUUCUCGGUUACUGGCGAUUCUUUGGCCACCGAGAUUGAGAAAGAUAGUGAGACCAGUCCGUUGCAGAAAAGAGCUAAUGAAACUCCCGGUGUUGAAUCAACAAACAAAGUUGGGAAAAGGAUGCGCAGACCCAAAAUUUACUAG